ACCCCGUCUUGUUCCAGCAGAACAACCGUGCCCCGCGCCCUGCCCACCACACCUACCUCGUCUUCUUUCAGUAACUCUCUCUCCCUCCCUCCGUCUCUCUCUUUCUCUCAAUUAUUGUGAUACGAUCCCCACUCCGGCCGGUCAAAAUUUCAGGUGGAGCACCGGUCGAUCUCGAUGGGGGAGCAGCAGCAGCACAAGAAGAGGCCACGGUGCUCCGCGAGCGCGGAGGGGAGCGGCGGCAAGAAGUCGAGCGUCCUGGCGCUAUCCAGCAGUCCGGUGGCCACCGCGGCACCAUCGGCACCGGCGGCGCCCAGCCCUGUUGCCACGGCAAAGCCGGGCCCCGCGGUGGCGGUGACCAGUCCCCUGGCCGCCAUGCCGCCGGCGCCGGCCGCGCCCAGUCCAGCGGCCACGACGGAGGGAGACAUGACUACGCCAGCCGCCACGGUCGUGGUGACCAGCCCAGUGGCCGCCAUGGCGCCGGCGCCGGCGGCCCCCGGUUCAGCUGCCAUGGUGGUGGACCUGGAGCCGACCAGUCCAGUGGCCACUGUGAAGCCAGUCCGCGUGGUGAAGCCGGAAGACGAAGUGGCCGAACAAGAAGAUGCGGCAAUGUUAGCCGGGGCGGCGGAAGAUGUGGAGGUCGCCAUCUUGGCCUUGCCGAAGAAGUCGUUUCACUGCGCCGCCUGUCUUUGCCCCCUCAAGCCUCCAGUAUUCAGGUGCGAGAACGAGCACUUCGUGUGCCACGCCUGCGGCGGCGACGGCGGCGCGAACAAGCGCUGCGGUCCAUGCGGGCGCGACGUGUCCUACACCCACUCCCGCUUCAUGAACGGCGUGGUCGACGCCUACAAGGUGCCGUGCCUCUACAAGGGAUACGGUUGCGCCGUGGACGACAUCCCCUACCACUCGGCCGCCGACCACAAGGCCAGCUGCAAGCACGCGCCCUGCUACUGCUUCGACUGCCGCUUCGUGGGCUCGCCGGCGAAGCUCGUGCGCCACCUCGCGUCGCCGUCCGGCGCGCACGCGUGGCCCGUGGAGAAGAUCAAGUACGAGGUGCCCCAGCCGUUCGUCGUGCCGGCGUCGUCCGAGGACCAGCGCCGCCUGCUGGUCGCGGAGGACGGCCGCGUGUUCCUCCUGGCCGUGGGCGCCGGCAGGGACCGGGGCGGCCGCCGGCCCGUCACCGUCGUGUGCGUCAGGGGCAACGCCGACGCGGACGCGGACGCGAAGCCCCUGUACACGGGCGUGCUCUGGGUGGACGGCCCUCCGGCGCCCCCGCGCCAGCCGCUCGGGUGCAGCUUCAGGCUGAAGGCGACGGUGGCGAGCUGCUCCGUCCCCGGCGCCGUGGACAUGGAGCAGGGCUGGCUCCACGCCCACGUCAGCCCCAACAUGCUGCACGGAGGAGAGUCCGGCGAGCUUCAUCUGCGCCUUUGUCUCACUAAGUUGGCGUGAAUUAGCCCGGCCUCUCUAACCUAGCUAGCUAAUCACCAUGGCCUUCGCUACUGUUUUAGUUGGGUCACUGUCCUAUCGAUCUGCACAUGAACCCUAGCAGGAGUACGUGCUACUGUAUGAUUUUCUGAUGGAAAACCCCGGCUGGUAUGGAUGUAUUUGCAUGGUUGUUAAUUAAUUUGCGGAUGAUUUGCGCUUCUUUGUUCA